CGACAGACCAGCUUGCCCCAGAAUUGAAUCGUAGACUUUCUUUUUAUACAUUCAGCCAUCUGAUUUUACCCCUGUUUAACGAAAACCUCCAAUUCGAGAGGAUUAGUGUUGAGUCGAAGUGGAUUUUCACGGCUAGCCUUCAGCUACGAAAAAAACAACAAACACGGAGCGCGAUUUUUUCUUUUUCUGAAAGACAAAACUCCGCAUACAAACAACCAAACAACCUUUAUUACAUUCGGCGACGAUGAGAAACUCACUUAUAAUGCUUUACAGCUAAAACAAUUUGUAUUUAAUCGAAAAUACUCUCUUUUUUGAGGAUAUUGUCAUUUCCUCGCUAAGCUAGCAACUCUAGACAAAGAAAGAAAAGCAGCUUUCAUCGCCUCAUCACGUCUUGUCAACUUUUUGCCCUUUUUGAGGAACAAAACGCACUUUUUUUGAGUCUAGUUGGGUAGAAAUAAAGCAGAAAUGGCCCAACAGAGCAGUGCUCAGGUCGCCAGCUCACAGAAAGCUUUAAUGCUGGAGAUGAAGUCUCUACAGGAGGAACCAGUGGAGGGAUUCAAGAUCACUUUAGUGGAUGAAGCUGAUCUCUACAAUUGGGAAGUGGCGAUUUUCGGACCCCCAAACACUCACUAUGAAGGGGGCUAUUUCAAGGCUCGUAUUAAGUUCCCAGUCGAUUACCCCUACUCCCCACCCACAUUCAGAUUCCUCACCAAGAUGUGGCACCCCAACAUCUAUGAGAACGGGGACGUGUGCAUCUCCAUCCUGCAUCCUCCAGUAGAUGAUCCACAGAGCGGAGAGCUGCCCUCGGAGAGGUGGAACCCCACACAGAACGUCAGAACCAUCCUGUUGAGUGUCAUCUCCCUACUGAACGAACCCAACACAUUUUCUCCUGCCAACGUGGACGCCUCUGUCAUGUACCGCAAAUGGAGAGACAGUAAAGGAAAAGACCGGGAAUAUGCAGAAAUCAUUAGAAAACAAGUUCUGGCAACUAAAGCGGAGGCCGAGCGGGACGGAGUGAAAGUUCCCACCACGCUGGCUGAGUACUGUGUGCGCACACGUGCCCCUGCGCCAGAUGAGGGCUCUGACCUCUUAUACGACGAUUACUAUGAUGACGAGGACUUGGACGAUGAGAAUGAUGAGGACUGCUGCUAUGAUGAGGACGACUCAGGAAACGAAGAAUCAUGACCACAUUCCCAUUGCCGCCUUCAUCCUCGUCUUCAUCAGCAUCAACCCCCCCGAAAGUGGAAACGUUAAGGCAUGCAAACCUGCAUUUACACUCACUCAAAUGGCCAUUUUUGUUUCCUUAAGGGACUAAAAUGAGAUCUUUUUUUGUUUGUUUCUGAUUAUGUUUUUUAUGUAAGCAUUAUUUUGUUUCACCUCAGAAAUGCGCUGGCCUUCAGGCUCUUUUCCGUUCUGCUCUUUUAUUCUUUAGUUGCUUCGUGCUUUCAGACAGCUUUGAAAAGAAGAAAAGCUAAAACAAAUGAGUGCGACUUUUGAAUUAAGGUUGACUAAGUGAGGCUUUGUGCUGAGUAACACUGAUUAUGAAUUUCUUCUGAUAACCACACUCACUUUUUGGCCUUCAAAGCACAUUUGAGCAGCCCAGCAAUCAAGUGUGACUUUGUCUUAUUAGGUAAGCUUUAUUUUUUAAGUAGAAAUUCCAAUGAGAAGCCCUAAGCAUAAGAUUAAAGUAUGAAACCUUGAUAUUAAUCCAUCUGCUGAGGCCUAAUUCUACAACGUGCUUAAAUUCCACAUUAUUUAUCUUAUAGUAUCACUUUAAAUUAUUGAAAUGAUGUAUUUCUCUGUUCCAGCAUAUAGGAGCUUAUCAGAAAAUCGAUAUAAUCAGAUUUGGGCUGGAUAAUGUUUUGCUGUUGAGCUGAAUUUAUUUUAAUAUUUUCUUUUUUUUUUAAAGCAAUGCUGAUAUUCCCGUCUCGUCCUCUGUAAAUCUUAUUUAACUGUAGUGAGAUUUUUUUUUUUUUUUUUCAUUUCGCAUCACUGAUCGUUUGUUGUUUUGUUUGGGAUGUAGCUCAAAAACUGUUGAACUAUUUUUUUUUUUUUUUGUGGCGUUUCUUUUGCGUUAAUGUUCUGUGAACCCACGGCACGUUCUUAGUUGUGAAAAUUUCGAUUGAAACAUUUGUUUUUUGCGCUGCCUGGAGGCUUGCAAGUGCUGGCGUCCGUCUCUGAUUUCAGCUCAUAUCGACUGACUCUCAGGAUCAACCAAUCGGGAAAAAGAAAAAUCUGCCAACAACAUUGCGUACUUUUCUUUUUCCCCCCCGCAUCUGCAAGUCAUCCGUCUUUAUGAUUUUUGUUUUAAGGACAAUUUACAACCGUAUCCCAAGAGGCUGAGAUCCACACGUGGAGCUGAUUUGUCAUUUUAUUGACCUGUAUGUAUUUUUACGGUUUGUUGGCCUAUUUAAAACUGAAUAAAGAUCUUUAUUAGA